AUGGUGUUAAUGACUGGUGAUAAUUCAAGUGAAAUUGUAUCGUUUUCAACAUUAAAUAUGGCCGCAGCGUUCAAUUUUGAGGCCUUUAAUCCGGAAGUUAUGACUUGGAUCCGGUGGGUAAAACGGUUGAAGAUUGCAUUAGAACUGUUUGGAUGUGAUGUUACAAAAAAGCAUCAAUUCUUAUUGCAUUAUAUGGGUGCAUCAACAUACAAUGUGCUAUGUGACAAAUUGUUGCCAAAAACACCAGAGGAAAAUACAUAUAAACAAAUCGUACAGAUUUUAGAUGAACAUUUUAAUCUAACGCCAAAUGAUAUUUUGGAAAACUACCGGUUUCAUUUGCGAAAACAAAAAGCAGAAGAAACGUGUGAAGAAUUUUUAUUGGAACUGCGUAAAUUGGCUGUGCAUUGCAAUUUCAGAACGUAUUUAGACACUGCAUUGCGAAAUCAAUUUGUUUUUGGUUUAAAUAACCAAAGAAUACAAAGCAAAGAAAACAGUAAAAUUGGAAGACGCAGUUAA